ACGAGAAAACAAAAGAAGAAAUUACAAUCGCAGAGUUAUGGCGUUGAUGGCGGAGAAAUCCAGAGUGUGUGUAACUGGCGCAGGUGGAUACGUGGCUUCAUCGCUAGUUAAGCUUCUACUUUCUAAAGACUACAUUGUUCAUGGCACCGUCAGAGAUCCUUCUGAUGACAAGUAUGCUCAUUUGAAGAACCUUGAUAAAGCUGCUGAGAACCUUAAGCUCUUCAAGGCAGACUUGCUAGAUCCCAACUCGCUUGCUGGAGCCAUCAAAGGAUGCAAUGGAGUAUUUCAUGUUGCUUGUCCAGUUCCUUCGGGAUCUGUACCAAAUCCCGAGGUAGAACUUGUUGAGCCUGCAGUGAACGGCACACUUAAUGUUCUGAAGGCAUGCUCUGAAGAAAACAUCAAGAGGGUUGUGUUUGUGUCUUCUGUUGCUGCUGCUUCCUUGGACCCCAACUGGCCGAAGGGCAAAGUGAAGGACGAGACUUGUUGGUCGGACAGUGAAUACUGCAAAGCAACUAAUAACUGGUACUGUUUUUCUAAAACGAUGGCUGAGAAAGAAGCUUGGUCAUAUGCAAAGAAAAGUGGACUUGAUAUGGUAACUGUGCUCCCAGCACUUGUUGUAGGGCCAAUGUUACAGAAGACAACAAAUGCCAGUAGCUUGGCUCUCAUUAAGCUGCUGAAAGAAGGAUACAAAGAGCUGGAAAACAAGAAACGGUUUUUGGUAGACGUACGUGAUGUAGCUGAAGCCUUACUGCUAGUGUAUGAGAGACCUGAAGCUGAAGGUAGAUACUUGUGCGCAGCUCAUACUGUGAAAUCAGAAGAUUUAGUUGCCAUGCUGAAGAAACACUAUCCCAACUACAACUAUCCUAAAUGUUUUACCGAUAUGACGGAGGAUACAAAUUUUAGUUCAGAGAAGCUGCAGAAGUUGGGUUGGCAAUAUAGGCCACUGGAGGAAACUCUAGUUGAUGCAGUUGAAAGUUACAAACAAAAGGGCUUUCUGGAUUGAAGUUUGCUUGUUGUAAUACUUUGUACUAAAUAAUUGCUAUGCAUGUCUUUCAAGUUCAUACACUUGCAAACUAGUAUCUAUAAUACAUAGUCUGGAAUAAGGAGGUUACACUAU